AUGUCUGUAGAGCUUGAAGAGAAGUUCUUGGAUCUAUGUACAAGAAAUCCAAAUGGUGUUUCACAAUCCAAGCUUGAAACAGAGCUCCAACAUCCCAUUGAUCAGGUGUUGUUGGUCAUCAACAAACUUGUUAAAGAGGGAAGGCUUAUAUAUAUACAGAAUGCUGAUGGAUCAUCGAUGUAUAAAGAGGUCACAAACCAAGAGGAUCAACUCAAGUUUAGAGGAUUGACAUCUGAUGAUAUGUUGGUAUAUCAAUUGAUUGAACAAUCAAAAGAUAAAGGUACAUGGACCAAAGAGCUCAGAUUACAGAGUAAUCUACAACAGACACAGAUUACAAAGAUUAUCAAGUUGUUGGAGGGCAGGAAGUUGAUCAAGGCUGUAAAGACUAUCAAUGCAGGAAGGAAGAAGGUGUACAUGGCCUUCAAUGUUGAGCCGGCCAGAGAGGUCACUGGAGGCUCACUCUACUCUGGCGAGCAGAGUAUGGAUCAUGAGUUGAUCGAGGCAAUGAAGUUGUCAAUCAGCUCGUUCAUAUCGAAUAAGGGUGCGGCCGACCUAACAGAGAUUAUGACCUACAUGAAGAAGACUGGCGAGCAGGAUCUCAACAUCGAGGACAUCCAGACCCUGGUCAACAGUCUCAUCUACGAUGGUUUGAUCGAAGAGAUGAGAGACACAAGAACAACCUCAUUGCUAGGUAGAAGAAUGGGUAUCAUUUACAAACCGACCAAGACGAUCAUUCCAGAGAAUCACUUCUGCAAGAUGCCUUGUGGUACAUGUCCUGUGUUCCAUCUCUGUCAGGACGAAGGCGAGAUCACUCCAAAGACCUGCAUCUACUUCCAACAGUGGCUUGAUCAAAGCGAUGAUUUGGACUUCUGA